UGGUCCGGGGUGCAGGCUUCAAACCUGUAGCUGCUUAGCGGCAGAGUGGUUCAAUUCCACCUUUCGGGCGUAAUUUAUAAACGCUGAAAUAUAUGGACUUUGAUCCCCAACAAUACUUAAACAAAUUCGCUGAUUUAUAUACUACGCAACAAAAACAAUCUAAGUGUCUUCUUGGAGAUAAAUAAAUAUGUUACUUUGUUUGAAAGUUUUAUUUCAACAGUCACGCUUUCUGGUACAUUUGGAUAUUGAUGAUGAGAGGUAGUAUAGCGGAUAGAGCUUUAUGUCAGUUACCGAAGGCCCGGUGGUUCGAAUCUCCGACAAGGUGAAAAAUCUGUCAAUGUGCCCUUGAACAAGGCAUUUAAGGCUAAUUGCUUCUGUAAAUCGCUCUGGACUACAGCGUCUGCUAAAAUGAUUAUAGCGUCACUGAAAACUGUAAAAAAAAUUCUGGUGCAGCGCGGCGCAAAUUAUAUGCAUCCUUCAACGAACCAGACCGGAAGCACAUAAUGACUGCCAAGCUCGAUAAACCAAUCAUCGCUUCGACGUCUUUUUUCUUAACCAAGCAAUGUCCUUGUUGGAGUAGGCGGCACCAUCUUUGACGGAAUUGUUGCAUGUCCUUGUUUUUGUAACGUGGAGAGAUGUAAACUGCAGCUGAUGAUGUAAUUUGUCGUUUAUGCAAUUCAAAGGUAAGUUGCUGUUUGAACUGAGUAGAGACUAGUAUCUGGCAACAAAUUUGAAAUGAAAUUAUAAAUAGCUUCGUAGCUGUUCUAUCCAGCUACUGUAGCUAGUUUAGUGAAACCGAACGUGCGGCAUUGCUCGCUGUUGACCUCCAGACAACCCAACCUCCAGACAACCCAGCAGCAACAUCUAGCUAACCUAGGCAUGCGUCAAUACCAACCCAGUGACCAUGCCUCUACACAUACCCCCAAAGAUCUGGGAAGCCCUUAAACUGAAGCAGGGGAUCUAUGCCCGCCUCCCCAAACACUACCUCUGCUCUCUGGAGGAGACCACGCAGGACCCGUUCCACUGGAAGGCCCUGGGAGUCAAAUACAGGGCCAACCCCAAAACAGGGCACAAGCUCACCAUCACCGUCACGGCUCGCACCCUAGACCUCAUUGAUGCCGCCUUUGGCUUUGACUAUUACAUCCUGAGGACACCAAAGGAGGACCUGAAGUCCAAGCUUGGAAUGGACCUGAGGUGGGCCAUGCUCUUGAGGCUGGCCUUUAAAGACACCCAGCUCUACCCAGAGGACCCUGUCAAGAGUUAGAGGAUCUACACCAAGUACAAGCAGCAGUUUGAAAUCCCUGCAGAGGAGGCUGAGUGGGUUGGCCUGAGUGUGGAUGAGGCCGUGGAGAAACAGAGACAACUGGAGCACAAGGAGCCGGGGCCUUUGUUCAAGAGCUGUGUGGAGAACCUGGUGAAGGAGCUGGCCAUCCAGAAACUCUCUGAACCACAGCUGGUGGAGAAAAGGUAA